GCACCAACUAAAGAUUAGCUUAUGUAUUUCGUGUGCUGCUGUAUUUUCUUCUCCCGUUUUCAUUAUUUUAUUUCUGUGGAACAACCGUUUUCGCCCGUGUGCGCGUUACUUCAUCUGAUAUUAACUGCAAAGCUAGUUUGACUUGAAAAUCGAGUCUGUCGCAGGGGAACGUUGAAGAAACAGUAGUUGAGUUGUGCUAACUUGCUAGCUUUCGUUAGCAGCUCGGCUCGGUGACCGGGAUGUCUUAUAGAAAAACUCUGAAAGUUAUAUUCGGUUUCGCCGGAGGUUCUGCCGCCCUGGUGCUGGCGGCUGCCGCUGCCGACUCUCGUGGCUAUUUCGGCGAGAGUAAAACCGAGGCGGGCGGUCGCUGGUCUCGACUGUCCGCGCUUCAAGCCGCCCAGCCGGCGUGGGCAGCAACGAGCAUCACGCCAGUGCCGACUGGUCACGCUUGGGACGUUAACUGGGACAAGAGAGAACCUUCAACACUGUCCAAUGGCAAGAAGAAGGAGAGUGCAAGUGAUGAUCCCAGCUCAGAGCAGGAGAAUGGCAAAUCAAAAGCCACACGUAACAUCCUCCUCAUCAGACACUCUCAGUACAACCUGAGCGGAAGCAGCGACAAGGAACGCAUCCUCACUCCUCUGGGUCGAGAGCAGGCUGAGUUGACAGGUCAUCGUCUGUCAGCACUGGGACUGAAAUACGAUGUUCUGAUCCACUCCAGCAUGGCCAGAGCCACAGAGACCGCACACAUCAUCAGCAAACACCUUCCCGGUGUGGAGCUGCUGAGCUGUGACUUGCUUCGAGAGGGUGCGCCCAUCGAGCCAGUUCCAUCCGUCACUCACUGGAAGCCUGACGCUGUGCAGUACCAUGAGGAUGGAGCACGCAUCGAGGCAGCCUUCCGCCGCUACAUCCACCGGGCAGACCCAAAGCAGAAGGAGGACAGCUACGAGAUCAUUGUGUGCCAUGCCAACGUCAUCCGUUACUUUGUUUGCAGGGCCCUGCAAUUUCCACCCGAGGGCUGGUUACGUAUGGGAUUGAACAACGGCAGCAUCACGUGGCUCACCAUCCGCCCCAACGGCCGGGUAGCCCUUCGAACUUUGGGAGACGCGGGAUUCAUGCCCCCAGACAAACUAACACGAACCUGAUUGGCCAACAUCCUGCACUUCCUGGACCAGGGUUGGGAUGACGGACGCGUUGGUCACAGGGUCAAUCUCAGUUUUCUCCUUAAGUGUCUUUCUUCGGGUAUUCAGUUGUUUUUUUGUUAAACUGCCGCCAUUUGUGCUUGAAGGACUGUGGUGGUUGGUGGUGUUGUGAUGAUUGCGUCCUUGCCAGACGACACCAACAGAAUGUAAUUCAGUCCUUUUUUUUUUUUUAACGAGAGCAGUUCCAAACCGAGAAGUUGCGGGAUUGUGAACAUGAAUAGAGUAGAAUAGGCAAGAGUUAUUGUCACUGUAAGCAGAGCUGAGUAAACAAUACAAGUCUCUUUUUGUGUUUGAAAAAAGCCACAAGAAGAUGUUGACAUUUCGAACGUUCCAAAAGUUCUACACCUAAGUUCAAAGUGGAUUCUUAUGUUGUGGUGUCAGCCUAUCACAGAUCUGCCAAAGGGGAUCUCCGUAGACCUCAGUAGUUGCUUUGUUCUACAGUGAGUUGUUCCAUUGUGAGCGGCUGUUUGUGACACCUUUUAUCUUCAAUAAAGAUGACGAAAAGGC